AUUUAUUUACAGCGGUGUAAAGUCUGGAAAGUCUCCCAUUUCGCGCCGCGUCUAUUAACCGUCACUGACGACGGCCCCGACCGUCCUAACGUUCAAAAGUAAAUAUCUCAUUGUUCCCGUUUCAAAAUGGCGAAUUCGGGUCUGUUAUAUCUCGGACGCUGAGGCCUCGGAGGGAUCCUCGCGCGGGACGGUCCCUAGGCAAGCGGGUGGCGGCGCGACGGCCCGCCCGGGACCGGCUCCGGCCGACAGCCGGCGGAGGUUGACGACCUAUCGAUUUUUUUGUCUGCGACCUCUCGUCAUCGGGCGGGCCGGUGUCGGCGGCCGAGGCGGCCGAGACGCUCUGGGCUCGGCGGAGGCGGGCUGCUGUCUGCUCGCCGCACGUCACCGCGCCGCACCGCGCUGCUCCGCGCCGCGCCGCGCUUUGUGCUUCACGCCCGUCGUCAGCUGAGCGCCGCGGCACCAUGGCAGAAUAUCAUGGGCAAAGUAUGGACGCCGGCGGGAACAAUUUUGACUCCGGUCAGCAGCCACAGGAGCAGGAGUUGGCGACGAAAAUGCUGCAGAUCCAAUCGAAGAGGUUCUACCUGGACGUGAAGCAGAACAGGCGCGGUCGGUUCAUUAAAGUGGCCGAGGUUAGUAUCGGCGCGGACGGGCGGCGCAGUCAGAUCUUCCUGGCGAUGUCGACGGCGGCGGAGUUCCGCGACCACCUCUCCAGCUUCAGCGACUUCUACUCGUCGCUGGGCCCGCCCAACCCCGACAACGUGCCCGACGACGGGAAACUCAAAUCAGAAAUGAUGCUCAAGGACAACCGGCGCUACUACCUGGACCUGAAGGAGAACUCGCGCGGGCGCUUCCUGCGCGUGUCGCAGACCAUCACGCGCGGCGGGCCCCGCAGCCAGGUGGCGCUGCCGGCGCAGGGCAUGAUCGAGUUCCGCGACGCGCUCACCGACCUGCUCGACGACUUCGGCACCGACGACGGAGGGUUCAAAGGCGAGCUGCCGGAGGGGCGGCACUUGCGCGUUGACAACAAGAACUUUUACUUCGACAUCGGGCAAAACAACCGCGGCAUCUACAUGAAAGUCAGCGAGAUGGCGCUAGGCACGCAGGUGAAAAGUAACUUCCGCACGGCGAUCACGGUGCCGGAGAAGUGCUGGACGCGGUUCCGCGACAUCCUCGCCGACUACUGCGACAAGAUGUGUCGCGCGCACCAGCCCGCCGACACGCACCAGGGCGGCGCGGGGCCGGCGGGCGCGGCGGGCGCGGCGCCGCACACUCCCAACAUAGUACGUAACACGCGUCUACACAUACCAUGGCUUGGCUUCACGCGACACACCCAUAGCCUUCAUCCAUUUGACCAUUCCCAAUAUUCUACUUAAGCUUUCAGUUUAUUUACAAUUUCGCAAUCAUUUGAAGUCCUUUCUAUUUUCUAACACAAUAACAAAUGAAUAAAAAACAGCUUCUAAUCUUUGCCGUCUUAAAAGUAUGGAGUUUUAAUUCAUAAAGCAUCAACUCCUGCUACAGCGUGUGAUAUAAGCGCUACAUUAUUAAAGUUUUAGGCCUGGCACUAACACAGCUCAUUGCUAGCGGCCACACUAGCACUCUCGCGCGAGUCCG